AAAAAAACAUAUCCCUUACUUCACACAGAUUUGUGUCGGUGAAUUUGGAUUUUUUUUCCUUUUUUUUCUUCUUCGGUUUCUUCUAUCUCUCUUUGUUUCUCAGUUCUCUCAUAUACUUUGGGUGCGUCUCUGAAAAACAUUUCAACGUGUAACCUUAAAACACAUGACACAAACAAACCACCAUGCCAUCUCAAAAACUCAACUCUCCCCUUUCCUAGUUCUUCUCAUGUCCUAAUAAAGACCCAACUCUUCCAUAACCAAAGACAGAACACGUCCGAAGCUAAGAAACGUAGAAUUUCUCGAAGAAAUUCGAUUGGAAACCAUGGAAAAUGGAACAGGAGUUGUUGCUUCAAGGGAGAGUUCGAGGAAGUCUACGGAAAGGCCGUACAAAGGGAUAAGGAUGAGAAAGUGGGGGAAAUGGGUGGCUGAGAUAAGGGAACCGAAUAAACGGUCGAGGAUUUGGUUAGGGUCUUAUUCCACCCCCGUUGCGGCGGCCAGAGCUUAUGAUACGGCGGUUUUUUACCUACGUGGGCCGUCUGCUAGGUUGAAUUUUCCUGACCUUUUGGCGGGAGAGAAAGUUGGCGGCGCCUCACUCGGUGGAGAAUUGUCGGCGGCUUUUAUAAGGAAAAAAGCUAUUGAAGUUGGUGCUAGAGUUGAUGCUCUUGAGGCAGGUCAUCAUCACAACAACCACCAUAAUCAUCAUGGUCAUAGUUAUAAUCUUAAUCAGAAUUACAAUCGUAGUUAUGGCGAUGAGUUGAAGCCAAGUGACGGGUUUCUACAGCGGGUCGACUUGAACAAGAUGCCCGACCCGGAGGAUUCGGAUGGUGAUUGGGCAAGCAAGUAAAAAGGAAAAAAAAAGUUGAUUUAAUCAUGACCCUCCAAUUAUUAUGAUUACAAAGUUGUAAAUUUGGUCCGUCUCUUACGGCCGCUGUGCUGAGAAAGAAGGGGGGGAGGGGGCUGGUUGCUAACAUGCACCAUGGGGUCAGUAGCUAACGUGCGCCACAGUGGCGGAGGUAAGUCUCAGUGAUGGCUGAAGAAAUGAUGAAGCCUUUGUAUUAAUUAUUAGUAUAAUGAAAAAACUUUUGGUUUCUCUAUUUAGGCACUCUUUUUUUUUUUCUUUUGAUAUUUGGGAUUUGAUGGUGAAAAAU